AUCACGUACAACGCGAACAACUUCACACUUGUCUUUACAGGUUAUUUCCGUCCUGACCAGACCGGGACCUUUACGUUCUGCUACGCGCCUGACGCCGACAACCGCGACGUUCUGUAUCUCGGCAGCACCAGCGCGUUUCCUUGCGGUCAGCCUUCCAACGCAGCAACCCCUCGAGGAGCCACUCCACUGGCUCAGUACUGGUUCGCUGCGUCCGGUAACACUGGCUGUGUUAGCACUAACCUCGUUGCCGGGUUCUUCUACCCAAUUCGAUCAGUCUUUGGGAACUGGGGUACUCCAUCGUCACUUUCACUUGUGUACACGGGGCCUGGGCGAACGACAAACUCGUCCGAUAUAUCGGGGCUUGGCUACGCUGAAUCAUGCUAA